AUGAGACAAGCUCAGUUCCAGGACAGCCGAGAGAAAAAUCGUCAAUUUUACCAAAAUUCACUGUCAAAACACAGUAGGAAACAUGACCGUCCACAGAGUUGGUAUGAAGGUCAAAAUACGGAGAGAAAAUUCACUGAAAGACCACAAAGCAUUCACGAAAUUUCAUUAGAUAGAAACAAUCAACAUAACUCGGCCAGAGUUCCUUUCCACGAGAACAGGUUGCCCAACAUCUCUGGCUUUAGAGAAAGAAGGCACAGGCACCUUGAGUCUACCCGAUCUUUGUCUUCAAGCUACAGUUCUCAAGUGGGGUCCUCAGCUGAUGAAGCUGAGGAACAUCACGGGGUAUAUUCUGCCUAUGACAUGACAGGAAGGUCACCCUAUGGCUCGCUGGUAUUAAGGCGUUACAGCCAAUCAAGUUUGAGCUCCUCUAGUGCCUCAUGGCAACAGUCCACCAGCUCGCUCAGUCAUCACGCCGUCAGAGGUCAGUGGGGGUCUGGGUCACUAGGCUCCAGUUCUCCAGAUAAAAUGCACGGUCAUUCGGUGCAAAAGACAGUUUUUUUGAAGAGCCCUCCAAAGAUUUCUGAGGACACCUCAACCGGAAAUGUCUCGUUUGUCUCCGCCACACAAUCCAAUCAGUUUCCCGGCCAAAGAAUUCGCGUUAACGCCCAACCUUAUCAUUCACGCAAUUCUCAUGUUUACGUUCAAGCCACUCCUUUUUCUUCCGGUCACCACGCUUCAACAUCAAAUCGACCACAAUAUUACAGUGUCACGACUUCCACUGAAGGCGUGACGGAAGUCUUCCACAAUGUCACGCAAGUAUCAUCUGUGCAUACUCAGUCAACUCGAAGUCCCAGAACGCAUGAACACGAUGAUCAACCGAAAAGUCCGUCAGUGAAAGAUUUAGCGAAACGUUUUAGCGGAGAAAGUCAAGGUUUUUUUCCUGAAUCGUUUGAGGAGCUUUACGAAUUGAACGACAGAGAGCGGAGGAGGGUCAAGGCGCAAACGUGGCCGAAGUAUGCUUACGUCCAUUCCCCGACGGAUAAUAGAGUAGAACAAAUAGAAGGAGUCGAUGCCGGGCCUCCAAAACCGCCUUAUCCUAAGAGUAUCGUGGAAGAUCUAGCUGUUGUAGAAACAAAAGUGGAAACAAGAAUAACUCGAAGCGAUGCUGACACGCAGUUGAGAGCAUCAGACAUGAGCUACUCCGUAAGCUCGCACGAACAGUGGGGUGUCAUCGAUGGCGCCCCAAGUCCUGGCGUGCUCGCAUCUCAUCGGUUAAGCCUGCAGGAACUUAUUAAGAUUCAUGAAGAUGAAAUCGCCAGGCAUGCUAAGAGCGCUCAGACAACAGCUCAAGCGCACGCGCAGAUUUACUUGAAGCGUCCGGCAAAUGAAAUGCGGCCUCGGAGUGUGGAGAGUCCACCAACUUCGCCUCACGAGACUGAAUACGACGGAAGAUGGGGCGCAGGUGGGGUGCCACAAACAACUCAUAAACCGUUUGCAGCGGUUAAUAGGGUAGCGGAUAACCGUGCACCUGUUGUUACCCAAUACGAGUUAACGAAUUUGAAAUCUGUUGAGAGAGCGCCUAUAAAAGUUGUUGAAGUCACCGAAAAGGGCAGUACAACUUCCGGAAACUCUGAAUUGCGCGAUAGGUCCCCGGUGAAAGCAAAGAGACAUCGCACGAUUGGCGUCGUGGGCUUCCGACAGCAAAUCGAUCGCGUCUCCGAAGGGAAGACCGAAAAUAAGCCGAAACGUCAUACGGCAAUCGGAAUUGUUAGCGUAAAGGCUGUGGCAACACCAGCUCGUCAAACAGUAAAAGAGGAGACUGUAGUUGUGAGCCACGAGGGCUACAAUUUGGCGGCGGCGGAAAAGGGAGUAGACAACGUGGAUGGUAAACAGAGGGAAAACGGUGAGAUGCUUAACCAUCGUAACGAGUACGAUUUCCAUGCUGAUAUAACCACACAGAACGAGUUUCAAAGAGAUGACGCCCUCGAGGAAUUACUUCAGCGUGACGAAACCUCUGUGCCUUUCGCGCGAUUGGAGGGAGCGGUUCAAUCUCGAUCGGAAUCCAAUCAUAACCGAGAACGGAAGGCACUACGGAAUGAAAAGCUCUCUGUGGACGAAGGAUUGGCCAGAAUUCCAGGUGGAUCCUCAGAAAGAGUGGUUCAGCCUGCUGAACCGGUUAACACUCAGUCUUCAAUCCUGCCACCCCAUAAAUCUGAUGGACGAACGUGGAAUGUCCCAGUUUCCAAUCGAACAUAUAAUCACCAUAAACCUUACGCUAUAUCCAAAGCUGUACCUGUAGCUCAAGUAUCUCCAGUAAGUCCCGCUAAUGACCAGACACCUACGUCUCCUCUCGGUAAAGAAAAUUUUACCGACACUUUGCCACUUUCAAGAUCACAAUCUGCAAGGGAAAUGUAUGAAACGAGGCUUGCGCUGUGGAAUUUAUAUCCACCAGAUUCAACCCCGGAAUUGCAUUCUAGCGAGACCUCAGCCAACACACCCAUACACGAGAAGAUAAUCGCCGAAGCCGAGCAUCGUACAGUCACAGGUAAAGCUUUGGAGGCUCCGGAUCCACCCAAGAUUCGCGGUGUAGGCACGAAAAUAAAACCAAGGGUCUUUGACCAUCAGGACUUGGAAGAGUACUAUUUACAAGUUAUAGAGAAACUGAAGAACGAAAAUAAACAGCUACUUGCGAAGCAUGACUCGGAGAAAAGAGAGCUGAAGCAAAAGUACGAAGAACAGAGAAAGGUAGCGAACGCUUAUCAGAAAUUGGAAGACAGGUAUCGUAGGCGAGUUCAUGAGCUGCAGGAGGCUUUAUCGGGCUGCACGUGUCAAAGUCCGUUUGUCAAUCAAAAUCACGUGAACAUUACCCAGAGUCUUAGCAACCGGUAAGUUUACAUCCUAUCCCUUCAGAUAAUUUGGCGUAAAAAAAUGAGCCAAUGCCUCUCAAGAAACAAAAUUCUCCGACACCUUUUUAUUGCUUACACACUAAAGAAACAUCCCUCAAAAUGUUAGGUCAAUCAAGGAAAUUCCCAUUGUAUUUUAGCGUUGAAAAGCUCAUCCGGACGCUCGCAUUAAAAGGAUAGUUUGUUUAUCAAGAUAACCAGUUCAUAAAGCUUUAAUUUGGGUUUUAGGUAUCUUCAGUUUAACCAGAACGCGCUACAUCACUUGCACGUGGUGAGACACCCCUGAAGGUAUCCGGUUUCCGGUAACCUGAAAUUACCCCCUUUCCGGUCCCCUUCCAGUGCCUGCCUCACACUCUAGCUACAAGUAAGAGGACUUGUCGGUACUUGAUUAAAACUGAUAGGCUUCAAUUUUUUUAUACAGAAGUGAGAAGGAUGGAGACAGGUCAGCAGCGUCAAGCGUCAAGGGCAUAAAAACACUCCACGAUCUUGAUGACUGGUUUGGGGAACGCUCCAAAGAUAACAGUGCUUCAAAACAUAAUAACACGGCGAGCAGGAAUAGCGUGAUAAGCACGGAGACGUCUUCCGAUAUGACGGGAACCGCGUCUGCCUGGGACGAGUUGUACGAUCGACUACGUGCGACAGGGGAGAUUGAUGUCGAGAAUGGCACACACGUAUGACACUGUGAAAUCCUCGGUUAGUGACUUAAGUUUGGUUUCGUCUUUCCGUCACCUCUAGUUUUCAUAACAAUUGUGUUUGACUUCUACGUAGUGCAUUGUCGUUAAAUUUCACGUCUUCUCCGUCGGGGCUCUUAAAAGUUAGACUAUUCUAACCCUAGUUUUAGGCUUAAUGGUAUUUAGGCUGGUACUACUUUUGUGAUUUUGUGGUCGAAACUGAAAUUGGCUUAAUGGUAUUGGAGUGGUAAAUCCUUACGUUUCGCUUCGGUUGUUGACGUCAAAAUUUUCUUCUCCGCCUUGACAGCGGCCGAAAAAUGCAAUCGGCAAGAGUGAUAAUUGGUGGUAAAAUAGUCACGUAGUCAUCUCCUCCGUUUGCCAUAGAGGUGAUGCGUAAUCUCUUUGUAAUAAGCCUGCGAAGCAAGCGUUCCCAAUCGAGUUAUUGCGCGAAAGUUGUAGCGAGGGCAAAAGAAAUGGAAGAUCGAAGG